CGAUUACCAAAUAAGUUGCAGAGUUCAAAGCUCACGUGAAAGAUUUCAGCUCAGAAAGUUGGGAUCUUAGCUCGCUCUAUUCCGAUCCACGGCGCCGGAUCUCCACCAUUUGGAGACUGUUAAGAUGUGGCAGGACGAGCCAAAGUGUAUAAAAGAUCACAACCGGCGGUUGCUGGCGGAGAAAUUUGAGCUGAAGAGAAACCUUUACAAGGCAUUUAUCAGAGACCCUGAACUUCCAAGCGAACUGCGCGAGAAACUCACUGCUAAACUGUCCAAGCUACCGAGAAAUAGCUCCUUCACCCGAAUCAGAAACCGAUGCGUCUUCUCUGGUCGCCCUCGCGGUGUUUACGAGUUCUUUAGAAUGUCUCGUAUCGUCUUCCGCACACUGGCAAAUCAAGGAAUGUUGAAUGGUGUGAAAAAGGCUUCUUGGUGAGCAGGUAGAGG